AACACACAGCAGCGGAGAACAUGAGUAACUCCUGCUGCAAGAGAGGAGCAACUGAAGGUUUCCACAAGGAACAACGCUCCCACUUCAUCACUAACUACCUGGAUAUUCUGCUUCAACACUCUGCACGCUUCUGUGGUCCUGAAUGAAGAAGUGAAUCCUCUGUGAUCACAGUCAUGGCUGUCCAGACUGGCAUCCAGGUGUGGUUCGGAGAGAAGUUCGAUGCCCCUCUUCGGAGUCCCAAGAGCCCUCGCAGCCCGUUAGCACAGAGACACGGCCCCGGCCUCGCAGACGUCUUCCAGUAUGACCAGUGGCUGGCUGUGCGGCACGAGGCCACCCUGGUGCCUAUGCAGGAGGACCUGGCCAUUUGGCUCAGUGGCAUGCUGGGAGAGGAGGUGAGAGCAGAGUUUUUCAUGGAGGAACUGAACAAUGGCGUCAAACUCUGCCAGCUUAUCGGCGUGCUGCAGACCAAGAUCGCCGAGAGCUGCCCCUCGGCUCUCUGCAAGCUGUUCCCCACGAGGAAGGUUGCUUGUAAGCGGGACGCCUCUCCAGGUUCCUUCUUUGCCCGAGACAACACCGCUAACUUCCUGGCCUGGUGUCGCCACAUCGGGAUGGAGGAGACUUACCUGUUUGAGUCAGAAGGCCUUGUGCUGCAUAAGGAGCCUCGGCAGGUUUGCCUGUGUCUGCUGGAGAUCGGCCGAUUCGUCUCCAAGUACGGCGUGGAGCCUCCAGUUCUGGUGAAGCUGGAGAAGGAGAUCGAGCUUGAGGAGACUCUGCUGAUGACAGAGGAGCCGCGUCCAGCGGUCAAAACCUUCAGCGUGUGCUGUCAGCAUGGAGGCCUCUACCAGCCUGGGGAGCACGGUAUGGAUGACCCUCCAUGCAACUGCGCCAACAGAGUCUCCAUUGAGUACCUGUCUGAGGGACGCUACAGACUGGGGGACAAGACGCUCUUUAUUCGGAUGCUCCAUGGGAAACACGUGAUGGUGCGUGUCGGCGGCGGCUGGGACACGCUGCGUGGCUUCCUCACGAAGUACGACCCUCUGCGAGUUCUGCAGUUCACCACCCUGGAGCAGAAGAUCCUCGCCUUCCAGAAAGGCCCCCCCGGCCUGGGAGGUCACCACACCAACGCAGCCCCACCCCCUCCCCCUGACAUGGACCCCCUCGCUGCUGUCAACGACCUCAUCUCAUCCUCAUCCUCUUCCUCCUCCACCUCAUCAUCCUCCUCUUCCUCCAGCUCCACCUGCAAGACAGGGAAUGCUGCUGGUCAGGCAUGUCGGUCGUACACCCCCUCCCCUGCUUGCACCCCCACCCUGUCCAGAAAAGGUUCUAUCGCAGCACCCAAGAAGAACCUCCAGGGGACGCCAUCAUCACCGAGGAAGCCCACCCAGCUGCCCCUCCCCAUCACCACCAAAGGCUCCUCCUCUCUGCCCUCCACACCUGUGGGAGGUUCCUCCAGACAAUCCCCCAGCCCAGGGGGAUUUCAGGGUGCUCAGGUCCCUCGCCGAGCUCGGACUCCAUCCUCAACUCCAUCCCCAACCCCUCCAGACCCUAACCCGGCCUCCAAAGUGAAGCCCAGACAGUCACCACGUGGACCCAUCUCCCAGCCCAGGAGCCCCGUCUGCCCUGAGCCAUCCUCCAAAUGCCACAAACCCUCCACCCCAUGCACCUCCCCUACCUCCUCAUCUGUUCCUCGCCCAAUCAGUGCACCAGCACGCGCCCCCACCCCAAAAGAAGCCCGGCCCCCAACAGGCUCUAACCAGCGCUCGCGCCUGGCACAGCGCCGCCCUGGUUCACCAGCCUCGCGUCUUCGUCUAGAGGCAGCGAGGAGGGUGAGAAUAGCCGCAAGAGCUGCAGCGACUCCAACAAGAGUCGUUUCAUCAGCUCCACAAACCCGGACCCCCACUCCCAGCUCACGGACAGCCUCUCCAGCGCUCCCAAAAACUACCGGCCCCCUCCCCAAGAGCAAAGAGGUCACAGCCAAAGCCAAGGUGCAGGCUCCCAGUAAGGUGGCUGCUGCCCCGUCACGUGGCGCUGCCACCGUCCCCCGGCAGGUUCCAGGGGGCAAUUCGAGCCCUUCACCCACCAUCAGAGCCAAUCACAAAGCACCAGCCAAUGCACAGAGGGUGGGGCGAAAACAAGCCUCCAUCACCGACCCUGACAAGGCCAAGGCCACUCUGAAACCAGAACUGUCCACAGGACCGGCGCUCACACCGCAGAAAACCAGCCCUAAUGUCAAAACCACGAAGACAGAGCCGAGCGUACGCAAGAAGAUCCCACAGUACAUCGGAAAGAGCGAGGACCCUUAUUUUGAAAUGAUCAGCAGGAGGAAGCAGAGGGCCUGAGAGGACCGUCUCUGAGGAGGAUCAGCACUUGUUGGAACUCAGACUCUAUGGAAACAUGAAACUUAUCACUAAUCCCAACCACAAAGCUUCAGUUUCGACCGACGUUUUGUCUCCAAAUUAAUGAGUUUGUUUUUGUUUGUUCUGUCAAAGUCUUUUAUUUUAAUGUUUUUAAUCCAAAAGGGUCAAAGAUGUGGAGCUUUGCUUGUCUUCUCUUUGUGGUGAUUUUUAAAAGAAGAGCUCCGUUAACUGCGUAACACUAAAACUUGCACAAUGUUUACAGCCUCUACUGUUGUUACAUUUAAGCGUUACAAAUCAAGACUUUUUUUAUAGAGCAAAAUCAUCAAAGUCAGUUUAAACAUCAAACACUAACCUCAACAUUUUGUAGCUCAACUUGAGACAACAGGACACAGCCAUGACUCGAUAAAACGCACUUAGGUGAACUUUUGCAGGUCAGUUUUUAUUCAUGAUGAAGCAGCUUUUUAAGUCCUGUUCUCUCCAGCAUGUUACCAAAGUUGUGAAGACUUCAGUGACACAACUGGAACUCAAACGAUUUAUCUUUCUCCUCCAGUGAGAAUUAUCUUUCCACCGGAGGAGGGUCAGACGUAUAUCUCGUCUGAUUUUUGUAUCUUGAUAUCUGGGUGGGAGGAGCAGACCUUCCCUUCGUGUGCCUUCAUCAGAGAUCUCGUCUCUGAGCGGCAGUAGAAUGUACUAGAUGAUGGGGUGGUGGGUUGUGGGUAAUUUUGGGGAUUUAUUGUUUUUUAAAGAUAAAAAUUGCACAGUGAGUACGAGCACUCAUGCCUCUGUUUUCUCAGAGUGGCAGAUGAACUACUGAUCAAAACGCCUCUUUUCUUUUGAACAGGAAACCCUUUUAGAGCUUGUUGGUAUAGACUUGUUUUAUAUGGUUUCUAAUGUUUCUGUGUAUUAAAACUCUAGUUUUCUAUGUGCUGUUUGUGAAUAUGAGUGUGUGUAUGUGUGUGUGCAGUAAAUCUAUAUUAUCAGUGAGGCUUUUUUCUUGUUUGGCACUUUACAGAAACCGCUGUGUUUGUCUGAAUUUGAAUGUUGAUUCUGUCGAUUGUGUUCCAGCUACCUGUUUGUCUUCUGAUUAAUAAAUGGACAAGUGUUUUAAAGGUCAA